UGGAACGGUGCGUCGCCAUUGUUAUCUCGGAGUAAUCAAUCACCCUCCCAAUAGAACAAGCUUAUUCGAUCUUCUUCUUCCUUUCUACAUAUUGGGAAUCCAAAUUGAUUGCGUUGUUAUCGGUUUAGCAAGAUCGAAUCACUGCAUCAUCAAGGUGAAGUCUUUGAGAUUGUGCUGUUAUAUUCAUCAAAAGAAAAUGUCUAAGAAGAAGAGUAACACUAGUAGUUCCUCCAUGAGGAAGCUAUCCCAAGCUGGAGACAAACCUUCGUUACAGCAGAAGAAACCUGGUAAGCUUGGGAAAGAGAUUGAUGAUAUCUUUGGUGGGGGAAAGAAUAAGAAGCAGCUACCCCAAGAAGGAGUCAAACCUGCAACGGUACAAGCCAAAAAAACUGGUAAAAUAGGGAAAGAGAUUGAUGAUAUUUUUGGUGGGAGAAAGAAGAAGAAGGAGGUAGAAGUGGAAACGAGUGAGAAAGAAGAGGCCCCUGUGAAGAAAGCAAGAGUGGCAAAGAGGAAGAGGAGCGAGGUUGACGGAUUCAACAGCAACCCGAAAACCGGACCGAGGAAGAGGACUGAAGACGGGUUACUAGUGUUCACGGAAGAUGAGCUUGGUAUCAAUAAGGCCAAUGCUGGUAAUACGCCUCUGUGCCCUUUUGACUGCCAGUGUUGCUUCUAGUCUCCUUUCUCUGUUUUGUUAUAACCAGUUUUGAACAUGGUUGAUGAGGAAAAACAAAACAGUUUUACUUUCUUACCCAGUUACUUCUUUGAUUGAUUGGCACUACUAGUGGAUAGGGAUCAGGUCCUGAUGAAGAAAUAUGAUUGAUCUCGGAUUUGAA